CCACCGCAUCGCAUCCCCCUCCCAUUCCCGUUCCCGGGUGAAUGGAUAAAAACCCACGCGACACGCAACGACUUCCUGAAUGCCCAACCCAACGGCGUGAGUGCGCAGCAUACGCAGAUCCCAUUUAUUAACACAACUCACACCACCCAGACAGAGAGCGAGAGACAGGCAGACAGGGGAGAGCAGAGCAGCGGCAGCGCCCACACUCGCACCCGCACUCCCACCCGCCGCCCGGCGCCGGCCGCGCCAUGGCGUCGGGGGUGUCCACGAGCAUGGUGCUCACGCUGCUCGGCUUCUGCGUCAGCGUCCUCUUCAUAGUCUUCGUCUGCUCCAGGCUCGUCUGCGCGCUCGUGCGCCGCCGCCGCCGCCGCUCCCGCGCCUCGCCGCUCCCGCCGGGCUUCCCGCCCCUCGCCGCCAACUACUUCUUCGCCGUCCAGGUCGACCGCCUGGGAGCCCAGGCCGCGGCUGGGCCCGGCGCCGGGGGGCUCGACCUGGCCGCCGUCGCCUCCUUCCCCACCCGCGCCUUCGCAGCUGCCGCAUCCUCCGACUCCGACUCCUCAGACGCGGCCCCGCAGUGUGUUGUCUGUCUUGCAGAAUACGAGGACAAAGAUGUGCUCCGCACUCUUCCUUACUGUGGCCACAAUUUCCAUAUGGUGUGCAUAGAUGCUUGGCUAAAGCAGCAUUCAACGUGCCCAGUCUGUAGAAUUUCACUGUCUGACUAUCCCGAUAGCAAGCAAAUCCCGCCUCCCUUACCAAGUGCAGUGGUGAUACCUAUACCUAUACCUAUACCUCCUUAUUCCCCUGAAGCAUCAAUAUCGGAUCCGUGCCAUUACCUGUUUGUCGGCACGGGGCAUUCGCCAAGGGCAUCAGAGGUUCUUCAAAACGAACGCGACCAGGCGAAUCGGACAGUACUCGGCCCAUCCUUGGAUGGGCCAGACAACUUGACGCUGUCUGAGGUUACCUCUCCCGGCGAAAUAACAACCAAACAGUAAAACAGCACAUGGAGAGUCCUCGUGUACUCAGCAGGUCGUGAUCUCCCCAGCUAAGCUCCGGCAAGUAGCUGCUUGGAGUUUCUUUUGUGAACAACCUGUAAACUUGGAAACAUCUGCCCAUGUGGACGGACGGAUGUCUGUUAUAGGUUAGAUUCUCGCGGGUCCGAUGUAAAUAUGAGAAAUCUUUUGGGUUUCUUGUCGAAAAGCCACAUUUGCUCGAUAAUUUGACUGAAAACAGUCCAUUGUAUCCAUCUAUGGUAGGCCACUGAGAAUUGUUGUUGUAGGAGCAUCAUCAUCAGUGCAUGUACCAAUUCAAAACAGCUACAAACAUAUUGAUUGAGAUGACUGUUUUAAUGCA